UUGUUUUGAAGCUGCUGGCAGGAAAGCGGGGAGGAGAAAAUUACCUAAGUGAUAGUGAGCUUGCCAUGAACUAUAUAAAACUGGGAAAUCAAAGCCGAGAAACUCCACCUCACAGUCCUGAAGCACAAGCACAACCCCUGAAGAGAAACCCACCCCAGCAGCGAGUGAUCUCAAAGGCUUGAACUGCGAGCAAGCUGCAUGAGCUCAGAGCUGCUGCGGGACUGAGCAGCCCGGAGCAGGGAACGCUGCCUGCGAGCCCCCAGAGCCAUGGAGUGGAGGCAGCUCCUCUGCAUCCUCUGCCUGCUGGAGCUGGCUGGUUUUGCUGCUGGGAGCACCACGGCUGCCCCCAGCCCCGCAGGAACAGCGAGGGACAGCAGCAGAGGGACAGCCAGCCCUGCCACCGCGGCCAGCACAGCCACAGGGGACAGCAGCAGCACCAAACCAACCUUUGCUGCAGCCACAGCCAGCUCCGAGGCCACCAGCCCGACGCCACCAGAGCUCCUUGGCCAGCAGACAAUGAGCCCCCAGCCCAGCCCUGCCUCCACAGCACUGCUGGGCUCCUCCCCGGGGUCCCCGGGGUCCCCGGGGGUCCCCACGAGCCAGCCCGGGGACAGGACACUCACCUUGGGCCCCCCCAGCUCUGCGGCCACCCCGGAGCCUGCUGCUGUCCCUGCUGCCACCACAGCCCUGCACAGCAGCUCCCAGCCUGCCCUCCGUGCCAUCAGCUGCCACGGUGCCAGGGACCAGGGUGACACCGGGGCCAUCUGCCUGCAGCUCAACGAGUCCAGCACCUGCGAGCACUUUCUGGAGAGGAAGGGAUUGGAUUUAUGGCAAGCACUGUGUGAAAAUAGAACCCACGGCGUGGAGCCCCCCUGUGAGAUCAAACUGACUCCAUCCAGCCUGGACAGGGACUGUUUGCUCCUCAUCCUCAAAGGAGAGAAAGAUCCCGACAAACUUCUGAACACGCUCCAGAAGUCUCACUGGGAAAAGUUUGGAAUAGAAUCCCUUAAAAAGGAGAGCACGGGCAGCCGGCGGGAGCCUUCCCAGAGGACGCUGAUCGCCCUGGUGACAUCUGGGCUGCUGCUGGCCUUCCUGGGGCUGGCCGGGUAUUUCCUGAUGAGGCGGCGCAGCUGGAGCCCCGCGGGCCAGAGGCUGGCUGAAGACCCCUACUACACGGAGAACGGCAGCCAGGGGAACACCAUGCUGAUGUCGCCGUCCCAGGAGCCGGCGGAGCUGCAGGAGAAGCCGAACCUGAACGGGGGCGCGCAGGAGAACGGGACGGGCUCCAAGAACGGCCGGCAGCACAGCCCCGCCGACACCGAGAUGUGACAGCGACAUCUCCCCGGGCCCGCAGGGGAUCUCCUUCAGACCUCCUGUGUCUCACUGUCUCUGUGAAGGACUCCAAAGCCAGCCUAAACCACCUGGAGAGCCAAAGCUGCCCAAGAGCAGCUCCUUCUCCUCCUCCUCCUCAUCCUCCUCCUCCCGCUGAACACACAGGACAAUUUUUGCAGCUGUUCUCUGCCUUUGUUGUCGGAAGAACACCAGGACAAAUGCCGGUGCCCUCUGGCCUCCCCAGAUUUCAGGCAGAGUUUGGCUCCAGGCAGCCCAGAUGUCUGGUAGCAAUAUGUUAGGCUGACCGAAGUAGUGAAAUUGGGAUUGCAGUGACAAAAGCCUCUCAGGUUUCAGAUAGUUUUGGUUAACAGAGUUGUUUAUAAUCUCAUCUUUAUGUUUAAGUGCAGGAUUUCUUCCUCUUCUGAGGCCACCAGGCAUUUAACCCCUUUCUGUCUUUAGGGCUCCUCUACUAUUCCCUACUCCAGCAGAAUUUGCUGAAGCUGUGUGUAAAACUUUCCACAUGGAAUUGCAGGCGAAAUGUCAACUUUUUCUCUUCGAAUCCUACUAGGAUUGUGUCCUGAACGUUUUUUUAGAGGGGAAAAAACCUUCCCCAGCCUCCUCCUGCCAGGGGCUGGGGGUUGUGGCUGGCAGAGCUCAUCCCUUGAGGGAGAUGGAGAGCUCUGGGCAGGGCUGAGGGGCUCUGAGGGUGCCUGGGGCUGGGCACUCUCCCCCUGGCACCUGGGGCAGGAAUUUGGGCAGAGAGGUGCCCAAGGGCUCCCAGAGGGAUGAGUGGAGGCAAACCCCCAGCUCUGCAAAGGGCAGAGUCCCUGUCUCUGCACAGCAGCAGGGACAGGGACACAGAGCAGGGUUUCACUGUGGAAAUCCCAAGCACAGGAGCAGCAGCAGAAGCAGGAGAGAAACAGAAACAAAAGCAGGAGCAGGAGCAGCAGGUCCAGGUCUGGCCCCUCUCUCUGCUGAUCCUGCUCCCCAGGGAAGCGCUGCUGGAGCCCCAUUGAGCUCUCAGUGGGAGCCAGGGACUCAGGGAAGGUUUGUUGCCCAUCCCAAGCACAUUUUUAGGGAGCCAAAGCCCGGACUGUGCCAGCCCCGUGCUGCUGGUGCCAGCCCAGGAGGGUGCUGUCCAACACCAGCACCAGCAGCGACCUCCACACCCCAAAUAAACCCAAAAAUGGCCCUUGGAGCUGAUCUGCCCUCUCAGGAGUGAGUUCAUCCCAACCUUCUCUCAGUGCUGAACACCUGAGGGAGGGGUUUUUUUCUGGUACAGUGCUCAAAGCAACGACAGCAGCAUCCACCACCACCUGGGGCUGUUUUUUUGUGGGUGCAAGAGUCGCUUCAACACAAUUAAAAUAUUCCAGGCUGUUUGCUUUGGUGUGAAUUGCUCCUUGCAGAUCUCAUUGUAAAUAAUCCCGGUUGAAAAAGAAA